AAAGUGUUUGUUUAGAUUAAUAUAACUUAUUUAUGUGUUCACAUCAAUUUGAUAAUAUACGUAAUAGUUAUUAAAUUUUUAAUAUUUAUUAUUUUAUAAUAUAUAAAAUAAUAUAUAAUACAUAAAAAUCAUUUAUAUAUAAUGUUCAUUCCACGCAAGACGCAGAUCUUAACCUAGUAUAAUAGCAAACAAAGCAACGCGCGGAUCUUAACCUAGUAUAAAGGCAAACAAAGCUGAUCAGAUUAGUCAAUAGGACAUAAAAAUAAAAUUUAGACAUUGACAGCUAAUUAUGAAGAAAUGUGGAAUCAUGUUUGAGGUUGCCAUUUUCGCUUAAUUAAUAACUCAAUAUGUUCCCCAAAAAAAAUUUGUUCACAACUCUUUCUCUUCUUUAAAUACGCACAUACGAUUACGAAUGUCCCACAACUUAUCAUUCCUUUUAGUAACGAAGACUUUUUCAUAUCCUUACAUGAACAAUGACGCUCGCAAUCAAAGAUUUCUUCGUCCCUCUCCUCUUCUUCUCUUCCAUUGCUUCGGCAGCUACCGUCGAACAUGUUUUCCAGGUCAAAAACGUGGUGGUGAAACCGUUGUGCAAGGAGCAAAUGAUACCGACUGUUAACGGAAGUCUUCCCGGUCCAACUAUAAACGUUAGAGAAGGCGAUACUCUCGUGGUCCAUGUCAUCAACAACUCAACUUACAAUAUAACCAUCCACUGGCAUGGAGUGUUCCAGCUGAAAAGUCCAUGGAUGGACGGUGCGAAUAUGAUAACUCAAUGUCCGAUUCAACCACGUAAUAACUUCACCUAUCGAUUUGAUAUCACCGGGCAGGAAGGUACUUUGUUAUGGCAUGCACACGUCGUUAAUCUACGAGCCACACUUCAUGGGGCUCUAAUCAUCCGUCCUAGAUCAGGUCGUCCUUAUCCUUUUCCUAAACCCUACAAGGAAGUUCCACUCAUUUUUGAACAAUGGUGGGACGUAAAUAUUGAACUUCUCAAUUUACAGCCAGCUCCUAUUUGCGAUGCCUACCUCAUCAAUGGGCUCGCUGGAGAUUCAUAUCCUUGCUCUAAGAACAGAAUGUUUAAGCUCAAGGUAGUACAAGGGAAAACAUACUUGCUAAGGAUUAUAAACGCGGCACUCAACACUCACCUCUUCUUCAAAAUAGCCGAUCACAACGUGACAGUUGUCUCUGUAGAUGCUGCCUAUACGACACCUUACGUUAGCGAUGUGAUGAUCUUGACGCCGGGGCAAACCGUAGACGCACUUCUCACCGCCGACCAGCCUAUCGGAAUGUACUAUAUGUCGAUAAGCCCUUACAUUAGUGCCAACUCGUUAGCACCGGUUCCACCUGGCCAUGAUAUAAGAAGCUUAAUCGUCUAUGAGGGUGCGAAGUCGACAUCAUCCCCAUCGAUGUCGUUGCUUCCAUCAGGGACAAAUGCAAUACCCACCGCUCAUAGGUUCUCCUCGAACAUCACUAGCCUCGUGGGUGGACCCUACUGGACUCCAGUGCCUUACCACGUGGACGAGAAUAUGUUCGUAACCAUGGGGCUUGGCUUAGACCCAUGCCCUCCGGAAACCACGUGUAAUGGUCCGUUAGGUCAGCACAUCGCAGGUUCUUUCAACAACCGUACUUUUGUGAUGCCAGAAACGAUUUCUCUUCAAGAAGCUUAUUUCUAUAAUAUUAGUGGAGUAUACACCGAUGACUUCCCCGACCAACCUCCCAUGAAAUUUGACUAUGCUAAUUUCAGCGUCCGUACAGAGUCUGACUACGAAAUGAUGUUUCCGGAGAGAAAGACUAGCAUCAAGACACUCAAAUUUAAUUCUACAGUCGAGAUAAUUGUGCAAAACACAGGGAUAAUCAGCCCAGAGAGCCAUCCCAUGCACCUUCAUGGCUUCAACUUUUAUGUGUUGGGUUAUGGAUUUGGUAACUAUGAUCCCAUCCGCGAUGCAAGAAAGCUAAAUCUAGUUAACCCGCAGAUGCACAAUACCGUAGGUGUACCACCAGGUGGAUGGGUUGUUUUAAGAUUCAUAGCCAAUAAUCCUGGUGCAUGGAUGUUCCACUGUCACAUGGAUGCACAUUUACCGUACGGAAUUAUAAUGGUUUUCAUAGUUGAGAAUGGACCAACUCCGGAAACAAGCUUGCAGCCUCCACCGUCAAAUCUUCCACAAUGCACUCAUGAUCCGACAAUCUAUGAGUCGCCGACCACUAACGUUGAUUUGUCUUCCUAGAAGUAACUAUUAAUCGUAGUUACUUCUUCAGUUUUGGCAUUAUAACUGAGGGGUGAUGUAGAGAUAUUUUGUCAAAAAGAACCUAAAUUUGAGAGACUUGAUUUAAAUUUGAGAGUUGGCAACUGGAGACGAUGCUUUCAAGUAUUGUUGGGUACCGUCAGAGCCGGCCUUGGGAACAAGCGACAGAAGCACAUGCUUGCGGCCGCCAUUUUCUCAAGUAUUUAACCGGCCACAAUUUUGUAAAAAUUGUGUGUAGGCUAGUGGUUUAGUUACACUCGAUCAAUAUGUCAGAUCAUGGGUUCAGUGCUCCUUAGAA